AUGGGUAGAAUACUUGUAUUGCAUCGUAAAAAAUCAUAAAAGAUGAUUCUCAUUCAACGAUUUAUCUCUUGGCAUAUACGUUGGCAAUCUAGCUAUUCGGAACUUGAUUUUUCUAAGUAGGUCUCCAAAUUCAAAAACAUUUUAGAAUACUUUAACUUCUGUUUAGAUAGAUUUACCAAUCCUGACUAUGCCUUCAUCAACUUAAAGUCCGAAUCUUACGUACGAGAUUUCUAUACACUUUAAUGGAAGAAAGUGGAAAAUACUCCUUCCAAUAAAGUAUUUUAUUUCAAUAUUUAAAUAGGCAUGUUUUUUAAAAUUGCGAAAAUUAUCAUUAAAAUUCAAACUAAUAAAUUCUUAGAUUUAUUUACAACAGCACAGCAUGAUGAAAUUAGUCUAGAACCAGAAGUUACAAUGCAAUUUUUGA